AUGUAUAGGAAAUUAAAAAUUACAGAAUUUUUACAAUUCAAAUCUCCUCAGAAACAAUAUAUUAAAGUUUAAGAAGUAACUUAGAAAACUGAUUCUUUGCUAGUUUUAGGAUUUUUUUAGAUUAGGUUUUUUUAUAAAAAAUAUCAAUUGAAGAUUACGAGAUAAAUGAAUUCAUUUAUAGCAUACUAGAUAACUCUAUCCGUCUAUGGGAUGUCAAAACAGGAUAAUAAAAAGCUUAAUUAGAUAGUCAUAAUGAUUGUAUCAACUCAGUCUGUUUCUCUCCUGAUGGAAAUACAUUAGCUUUUUCUAAUCAUGAUAACUCCAUCAGUUUAUGGGAUGUUAAAACAGUAUAAUAAAAAUCUAAAUUAAAAUGCCAUAUUAAUGAUAUUAGAUUAGUCUGCUUCUCUCUUGAUGGAAAUACAUUAGCUUCUAAAAGUGGAGAUGGCUCUAUCCGUUUAUGGCUGUCUAAACAGGAUAAGAAAUUAAAGACUUAAAUAAUCGAUAUAACGAAAUAUUGGAAAAUUGCACGAUUUAGUUGUUAUAAAACAACCCUUUUACAGGUAUUUAGUAUUUAUAUUUUUUGGUUAACACUAUUAUUCCUAUUCUCUGUAUAUCCUAAACACCAAUCUUUUAAGCUAAAGAAGCUCUUGUCCUAAAUGGAGAGUUUAUUAAUUAGUAAGGCUACGAUUUAAGAUCGUUAUUAAAAUCAAGAGGAUGUUGUAUUUUGGUAAAAAAAAUGCAACAAUGACAUUUUAUUAUUUUUUUGAAAAUUAAUAUAUACUUAAAGUAUAUUUCUUAUAUUUUUUUUUUGAGUAAUGA